GGUGGCUUCGCGAGCUGCUAUAUCAUAUCAGACCAAAGAAACUGUCGCUACGCUGCAAAAGUCAUCCAGAAGACUGAGUUGCCCACAUACAAGACAAGACAAAAGCUCUUUGCAGAGAUAAAAAUCCAUCAAGGACUGGAGCAUGAAAACAUUGUAAAAUAUUAUCACUGCUUCGAAGACGAUGACUUUGUAUACUUGGUUUUGGAGCUCUGUGAGAACAAGACGUUAAUGGAACUUAUCAAACGAAGAAAGCGAUUAACAGAGCCGGAGGUCCGUUACUACAUGAAGGAGAUCGUGGCAGCAUGCUCUUAUCUUCAUCGCACAGCGAGCGUCAUUCAUAGAGAUUUGAAACUUGGCAACAUCUUUCUUACACAUGACCUUCACGUUCGAAUCGGCGAUUUUGGAUUGGCCACGCUUAUAGUUGAGGACGAAAGAAAAAGAACUAUUUGCGGUACCCCUAACUAUAUCGCACCCGAGAUCUUAUUUGAUACCGACAAUGGACACAGCUUCGAAGUGGAUAUUUGGUCUGUGGGCGUAAUCAUGUAUACUCUCCUUAUUGGAAAGCCUCCAUUUCAAACAAAUGAAGUCAAGGCUAUCUACAAAAAAAUUCGUGAUAAUAAUUACGUGUUUCCUGAAGAUGUUCCAGUAUCUGAAGAAGCGAAGAGCCUUAUCGCAGCACUUUUAACGCCAACACCAGCUUCGCGACCAUCCGUAGAAAGUGUUCUUAACCACCCUUUC